UCGGUCCAUCGCGUGUUGUUCUAGCAAGGUCCAACCGCGAGAAUCAGUUUCUCCAGCUCUUCUUCCUCUCUCUCUGUUUCUGGUUCUAAUAAUAUCAAUACAGAAAAAAAAAAUCAAAGAUGGCAUCACCAUUAUUGAGAUCAUCAUCAUCAACAUCAUCACUACCUUCAGCUUCUUCAAGUAGAAUUAGGGUUUCAUCUUCAACAACAAGAGAAGGUACAGCUAAAGCAACAGUAAAUGAUCAUAUAUCUCAAGCUGUUCAAUCUACUUCUAAUCUCUUACAACUCAUGCAACAAUCUUCUCCUUCUCAGGCUCAUUUGUUAAAGCUUCCGAAAAAUUUAUUGGCGAAAACAGCUACAAUUAAGAAUACAGCACAAGUACUAGAACAGAUGCCUCGAGUCAUUUCAGCGCUGGAUGCCCAUAUGGAAAGUGGACUACAGAGCGUUCCUCAUUUGAAGACUGUGACACAGUUACUGUCAACCAUGGAAAGCACCCAGCUUCAGCAAUCCCUUCGUGUGCAUCAGCCUCAAAAUGUAGCUGGGGAAGCCGAUAAACUUCCAGAACCACAUAGCUGAGUACUGAGUGGAGUUCAAUAAAAGUAGUCCUCUCAUGCCCUCGACUCUGGUAUGUGAUCAACUUGCUCAAAAGAAAAUUAUACCAGACGUGUUAUUGGUGAAAAACGUAUCUGAAGAUUGGCCUUAUGUGUCAGAUUCUCUUAAUCCUCCGGAAUUGAUUGGUUUGCUCCUUCUCAUGUAAAUUAUGUAGGAUAGAAAUAGAAACCAUGUCUUCAAAUGGCUCUCAUGUUUACAUAGAGUCAUAAUGAACUGGUUUCUUGCUCUUUAUUAAGUCAAAAUAUUAACACAUCAAAAGAGAAUUGAAACAUAGUUUGUUGCUAUGGGUGUAUCAUUGUCGGGAAUCAUGCAGAAUGUGUUAAAAGAUCCUCUGUAACUUUUCGUGGUACUCUUGUUGGGCAUUGGAAGGAAUACAAUACAACACGCUGUUAUGGUCAAUGUGGUGAAAUUAGUUCUGGUUGGUUAUGAUGAAGUUUGUUUCUAGUAUAUAUAUGCUUGGUUGUAAUCUUCUUGUGUUAGUUUUCAAAUUGCAGUCUCUUUUCAAUUCUCUGCAGAGCGAAAGGUAUCGUAUUUGUUCACAAUCACUUUAAUGCAGACAGUUAACAAUUUCAUGUUGGACUUCACUUUUUUUUUAAAAGGUUGGUUGGUGGUGCAGUCCAUCAUACAGGUUGUCAGGUUUGGUAAGUUGUUGUCGUCAAAUUAUGGUGUGGGGUUAACCAUGUUUAGGAUAAUGGAAUUUAAUUUCUUCA